AUGUUCACAGUGCCGGGCUGGAACGUCUCUGCGCCGAUCGCAGCUCAGGUCGAAAAGCCGAAACCCAAAGACCCGAACAAGCUUGGAAAGAAGGCGUUGAAGCGCAAAGAGAAGCAGGAGCAACAGGUCAAUGCGGAGAACAUUGGUGAGCUCUGGGACAAGGUUGUAGAUGGAAAGGGUUCAGUUGUAGAAGAGAAGCCUGCGACCGCGACCAACGGCGUAGAAGAGACUGGUGACGGUGCGCAGGAGAAGCGUGGGAAAAAGAGAAAGAGAGGGAAGAGCAGCAAGCAAAAGGCCGAAGAGGCCGCAUCGAGGGAAAACGAUGAUUCUAUUGCUACAGAGAAGGAUGCGUCUGUGAAAACGCCAGAUGUCUCAGCUCAGAAGCCUGCAAACACCGACAGCGAAGCCAAGCGAGACAAGAAGAAGCGCAAGAAGGACAACAAGGCACAAGCGAAUGGCGAUGAUGCCAAACCUGCCGGAAAGGGGCUCAUCCAGUCCACCGAUCUGACAUCUCUGAUCCCCGAGCCUGCCGGCCUCACGCCUCUCCAAAGAUCGAUGCGCGCAAAGCUCGCCAGCGCCCGUUUCCGCCACCUCAACGAAUCCCUCUACACCAAGCCUUCCGUCGAUUCGCUCUCGUUGUUCAAGGAAGACCCGUCAAUGUUCGAAGACUAUCACCGCGGCUUUGCACAACAAGUCGAAGUGUGGCCCUCGAACCCCGUAGACGAAUACGUCGAGAGCAUCCUCGCGCGCGGAAAAGUGCGAAAUCGCGAUCCAUGGAAAGACGCGCAACGCAAAGCCAAGGGCAAGGGCAAGGGCGGCAAAGAGCCAGACAAAGAGCCCGAAGUCACAGCGGUAGGCGUCAGGUUAACAGGAAACUCCAAACCCCUUCCGCGCAACCAUAAGCACCAAGCCACAAUUGCCGACCUUGGGUGUGGAACCGCAUCUCUAUCCUACCGUCUCCAACCCCAUCUCAACGACCUCCACUUGACCCUGCACUCCUUCGAUCUCAGCAAACCAACCGGCCCCUCCGCCCCACUCGUCACCGUCGCAGAUAUCGCCAACCUGCCCCUCCAAGAUGGCAGCGUCGACGUCGCGAUAUUCUGCCUCGCGCUCAUGGGCACGAACUGGCUCGACUUCAUCGACGAAGCCUACCGCAUCCUACGCUGGCGCGGCGAACUCUGGGUUUCGGAGAUCAAGAGCCGCUUCGGCCGCGUCGAACGCAAAAAGGGUGGUGUGCCCAUUAAUUCCAUCGGCUCGCUCAAGAAGCCCGAUAAGAAGAACAAGUCGAAAAAGGGCAAAGACAAGCCCGAGGAAGAAGGCAUCGUCGACUCAGCGGACGAGUCUGAACUCGCUCAAGUUGUCGACGGCGUCGCGGGCGCUGAAGGCACGGAUGUCAGCGCCUUCGUCGAGGUCCUGAGGAAGCGCGGCUUCGUGCUCGACGCGCUGCCAGAGAAGCAGAGCGACGCGAUUGAUCUGACCAACAAGAUGUUCGUCAAGAUGCAGUUUGUCAAGAGCGCGCCGGCGAUCAAGGGCAAGAACGCGAAAGAAGGCGCGGCGGCAAAGGCAGAGGGCAAGUUUGAGACGAGCAGGGCGAUGAAGUUUGGCAUGAAGGGCAAGAAGCUGAAUGCGAUUGCUGGCGAUGACGAGGCGGACGAUGAGAAGGAGAUGAAGGUGUUGAAGCCUUGUUUGUACAAGAUUAGGUAA